AUGGGCAAAUCAAGGAAAUCAAGAGCAAGUGUUACUACUUCUUCCAAACCAACCGCCGAAGACCAAGAAACUCAGAGAUUUGAAGCAGCACAACAAAUUUUGAACACACCCAAUGUGGUUACCUGCGUCAAGAAAGUUGAAGAACUGGUUGAGUGCAACGAAGCAAUAGUGGACUUCGACAACCUGGCUGAUCAUGGGUUUGAUAUCAGGGAUCAAGUCAACUUGCAAGGGUGGUCUGGUUACUUUGAUAGGCUCUGCGGUCCGAUUUACAACAAACUGGUUGUAGAAUUCUGGAAAAACGCAGUUUGCAACGACUACUAUGUCGUCUCUCAUGUGCUGGACAAGAAGAUUGUAAUUUCAGAAGAAUCCAUCGCAAAGCUGCUGGGUAUGGAGUUCCAACAAGGAAAAAGGAUCAAAAACGUUGAUGCUAAUGUUCCUGGGAUGAGGAACUUAGUCAAUAAGGAGAUUUAUGAUAAUUGGUCUCUGAAGAGGACCAAGUACAACAUAAAGGAUUUGAAGCCAAACAUGAAGAUUUGGCAGAAGAUUUUCAUAUCCUGCAUUCACCCCAGAACCGGUGGAACUGAUUAUCUUAAUGCAACUCAAAAGGUAAUCAUGUACUAUAUUUCUCAGGGUGAGCCUAUAUGCCUGCCGUUUCUGCUUUUCAACUAUUUGAAGGAAUGCGUUGAGAAGUCAAGGACCACAGCUACUGAGAACAAGAGGUCAAUUUCUUACAUUCCUUAUGGAAGGUUGCUUUCAGAUAUCUUCAUCCAGAAUAAACUAGUCAAGACCUUGUCAGACCUUGGACUUCAUGAAGAUCUGACCAUGUCCAUUGGUGAUGCUCUCAAUGGGACCAAGUUGAAAAGAAUGCAAAUCAUUGAGAAAGUCCAAGUUGAGCCCACAGAAGACACAUCUGAAGAAGUUCGUCAGAAGAACUACCCUAUUGAAGACUAUCCUCUCUGGUCCAAGAAGGACAAUCCAGCAAGCAUUCUGGAAUAUGUAAGAAUGCUCAGAAGCAAUGGAGAUCAAAUCACUCUUGAAGAAUUUGUCAGGACUCUUCCUGACAGUCCUCCUAAAAUGCCAACAAGAAGAGCCAAGAGAACAAUCAGCAAGCCUUCAGAUCCCAAAGGCAAAGGGAUUCUGAUAGAGAAGACCAAGAAAACAAAAGCAGGAUCAAAGUUCGUAGUAAUCAGGGAACCAGUUCCAGAACCCUCUCCUGAAAGAACUCCAGAAGAGUCAUAUGAGGAAUCUCAAUCUGAUGAUUCUGAAAGCUCUAUGGAUUCUUCCUCUGGAAACCAAGAAGAAGAAGUUCCACCAAGAAAGAAUGUCAAGAGGAAAGCAAUUAUUGAAGAAUCAUCUGAUGAGGAAACCGAAGAUGAUAUUCCUCUGGUAAAAAGGCAAAGAAUUCAAAUAGCUCAAGUUGAAGAAGAUGUUGAGCAGGAUGACUGUGAGAUCAUUGAAAAUGUGCUCCAAGUAAUAAGGGAAUCAGAAGAAGCUGAAGAUUCCACUGAUUCAGAUGUCGAGCCCAUAGGCAAGAGGCUAAAACUGCCUCUGAAGGGUCCACUUCAGAAGAAGGAAUCAGGACCAAAACAAACAUCUGAAAAGAUCUCAGAAGUACAAAGAGAAAGGAGGUCAAAGACAGCUUCAGAUCCUGCAAGGACUGCUAGACCCACCAGAUCCACCCCUCUCAGAGAAUCAAAAACACAUCUUGCAAUUGUUGCUCUCCAAUCUCUUUCAUCAGUUCACUGGCGAUUCUGA